GUCAAACAUCAGCAUAAGUAUCAUAUUAGGUGGCCUAAUGCAUUGUGGCACCUAGAUGGCCACCAUAAAGUAAUUCAAUGGGGGAUAGUGAUUCAUGGUUUCAUUGAUGGUGUAAAAAGUAAAUCUCUGCUGGGCUCUGCAGAAAUGGUACUAUCUAGACAACAAUAUUUAGGUAAAUCUUCAACACGACCUAGUCUGCUAUACUUGUAG